UUGACACUUUCACAUUUCCCUGUUUCGUAGGGUUUUAUGAUGGAAGCAAUGUGGAGGGGAAGAAGUAUGAUGGCUGCUUCAUGGUCGGAUCUUCCUAAAGAACUUGUUGAAAGAAUCAGUAAAUGCUUCGAUAGUCAUAUUGACAAUCUCCGAAUUCGUGCAGUCUGCAAUUCAUGGCGUUCAUCACUUCCUACGAAAUUCGAAAACUUUUCUUCUUUUCCUCUCAUCAAACUACCUAUCGCCGACAUGAUCCAGGGUUAUCAUGAAGAAUCUCAGUUUUAUUUAAUUGAAAGUACCGUUUAUCGUUUCCAACUUCUUCAUCCUCCUCACACAGGCUGGUUGGUCAAGAUUGUAAAAACAGUAGACGGAAAAUUGAGGAUUUUGAAUCCUCUAACAGACAGAGUAAUACAGGAUUUGCCUAAGAAAUUGAAUUUACUUGACUUUCGUGUUUCUCAAAUUUCUAAAUCAUAUCAUGUGCAAUGGGUCUCAAAGUUUCAGGAAAUUGGAUAUAAUGUAGGGAAUUUUUGUAAAAAAAUCUUGCUUAUUUGGGGUGAUCAAACCAAUCAGUUUUCUCUAAUGGCAAUUGGUAUUUGGCGUAAUUUAUUGUGUUUCAAGUCAGGGGAUGAGAAAUGGACUACCUUGAAAGAUGCCAGUAGUAAGAUUGUCGAUAUUAUUGUGUAUAAGGGGAAUUUUUAUGCUGUUGAUACUUAUGGAGAGAUCAUAAUGUAUGACCCCUCCUUGUUUAACGAGACCAAUGUAUCUUCCACUGUAAAGCCAUUUUCUUCGGGCUUAUUUAAGGGAUGGGGUAGUAAGAAACGACUGGUGGAAUCAGGUGGGGAGUUGUUUCUGGUUGAUAUGUUUUUAGAUAGUGAUGUUAAGAGGGAGUUACCUUUAAGGCAUAAUCCCAUGGAAAUUAAAGUAUAUCGGCUAGUUGAAAAACAACAUGAGUGGAUUACAGUGCAUACAUUGGGUGAUCGAAUGUUCUUUGCUGGUGAUGACUGUUGUUUCUCUGUUUCUUCAUUAGAUUUUGGUGAUCAGUGCAGAGGAAACUGCAUUUAUUAUGAGAAUGGAGGUAUAAUUGUGAACAUCUUAGGAGUGUUACGGGCAGAGCCACAGAACUAUGAGGACGACUUUGAAGGUGAUGGGUUCGUUUUUAGUGAUGAUGAGGCUCCAAGUCGUGUUGUUGGUGGUGUAAAACAUAGCAGAUAUUUUGGUGGCAAUAGUGACAAGAGUGACCUUGUUGGGAAAUCUGUUGGUGGUCUUAGCGAGGAACUGAAACUUAGAUAUAUACAUGGUCAUCACACAGGUAUCUUUACCUUACAAGAUGGUAAACUCGGUUCAUUGUUAUCCUUUCUCGAAUAUGCAGAUAUUUUCUGGCCGCCACAAUCUUGGCUUUAUACUGACGAUCAGGCAGAUUCUUCAGACGCUCGUAACUAAGUUUACGCCUCAGAUGUAGCCUUUUCUAUUUGGCAUUUCUCUGGCUAAUGACCUAAAGAUUUAGAUCCUUUGUUUUGAAACUCAAUGCUUUUCAUUUAUUCAGCCGCCCUUUUUAAUUUACUCUUUGGCACUAUUUAUGCCAUAUUUUUGAAUUUUCUUGGUGUUAAUUAAGUUGAUUAUCCUUUGGAAUAAUUUACUUGCUUUGUUACACUUUUAUGCUAAAGUGUACUCUUGUGCAAGCGUAGCACUGUAUCUACUCUUUUGUGAAACAAGUGUCAUUUCCUUUGAUAAGAUGAAGACUUACUUGCUUUGUUACAUUUUUGUGCUAAAGUGUACUCUUGUUCAAGUGUAACAUUUCAUCUACUCUUUUGUGAAAGAAGUGUUGUUGC